AAAUACAAUAUUGAUGGUUCCGAAAUUUUCGAUGAUUCCGUUUUGCUGGAAGUUUUGUGGACCCGAAUAUCCGGUGAUGGAGAGCAAGCUAGCACCUCGAAAGCUUUUACGACAGAAGAAUCGCAAAGCAGCAUGGCUGCAGCCCAGUCGGAAGAUUCUACGAGAGACUCGGGAAAAGAUUCGAAAGAAUCUACAGCCGCUAUUGGCAGUUCGCGUAGCAGCCCCAGUUCUAAUGAUGAGAAAAAAGGUGGCCGUCGAAAGAAAUCGCAUCCUGUUAAGCGAUCGAUUUCACCGGAUGGAUGAAAAUCGUGGGGACUCUUCAGCAUGA